AGACUACUGUGGUGUUGAUUUGAGCAGGGUUAAAACUAAAAUCUCGGUAAGAUGAAGGGCAUUUCACUUGCUUCGUUUGAUAUGGUGGGCGACAAUUCAUUUUCAGGAGUGGCUCAUGUUGAAAAUAUUUGCGACGAUAAAAAAGUGUACGCAAGAGUAACCUCCAACAAAUGGAAAUCGUGGGCAGACAUUCCAGCCAAACUAGUUGGAAAUGAGACCAAAUCAGAUAACGUUAGCAGCUGUCGUGUUGAAUCUUUUCAAUUUAAUUUCAAACGAACAAAUAGCAAGGCCAUCAAUUUAGAGUUCGCCCUUUUCUGUCGUACAUCAAAAGAAGAAAUAUGGGAUAACAACAGUGGCUUGAAUUAUGUGUUCAACAAUAUACCGGCGACAUUACCCCAAACAUCGGAAUUGACACUACAAUCUGAUGUGGCAGUGAAUCGAUACAGGAAAUAUAAUAAAUCAAGUUUGGAAGAUCCUUCUUACGUAAAAGAAAAAUUUGAUAUAUUUCUAGAGAUAUUAGAAGAAUCUAUACGUGAAAAUAUGAUAAUCUGAAGAUGAAGAUCAAAUUUUCCUAGGUUAUUAGUUUUUGUUUGCUCUUUCACUCAAUCAUCAUGGGCCAGGUGUAUGGCUCUUGACAAAUAAUAAACUAUAUGAGAUUCUAUCGAAGUAGUAUUAGUAGUAAAAUAUAUUACAGUAGCGGGGGUGAUUUUCAAAUUCACUUGGGAAAUAAGCAGUGUUGUAACAUUGAAUGUUUUUCGCCUUUCUCUCUAUUUCUUCUGUGCCUCUGUGGGAUUUUUUUGACAAUAUUUGUGAGUAUAUUUCGAAACAUUUCAUUUGAAAGUAGAAGAUUUAGCAUGUCUAGUUCUUCAUGUAUGCAAACUGCAAAGUUGUUUACCAAAAUUUAAUCGUUAUUAGUCCUUGUCCGCAGACCGCAGAAAAUCUGAGCGUUUAUUUAUUUCAAACUAAUAUAUGAUACUCACACUAAAAUAUCUUUAUAAGCAUUGGUUUUGUGGAAAUUUUAAAGAUGGAUUACUAAACGAAUAUUAUGAUUUGAAAGCCAGGAUUAAGUUCCACUUUUUCUUUUGGCAAACGUCGAAUGCUUUCCAGGCUCUCGCGCAUUGUGUUUUCUAAUCGAAUUAAUAAACCCUUUCAGUAUACUAUUUAACAGUAUAUUAGCUUUCCUGUUUUAGCUUUCUAGGACACUGAUUAUGUCCAUACAAUUAUGCGUAUUCAUCUUACAGCCAAAUCACGACAUCACUGGCAAUAUUAACCGUACGACUGACGCAUUUGAUUCUCAGUCAACAAUGUAAUCAAUAUUUUGCGUAGCUUCAUAGCACAGUGGUUGUUAAUAAUGUUUUUAAUCUGCAAAUACGUAAACCACUUAAAUUGUAGCAUCAGAGCUGCAUAGAUUGUUCGUUCGAUCCACUUUUGGCGUCAUCAUUUUUAUUUUUAGACUAACCUCCGUAAAUAACCUUUCGAAUACCGACAUUUUGGGUUCAGUUCUGCCUACGGCGAAAUGCUGUAUUAAAUAAAUACAAAAUCGUGAUAUAACACACUAAUCAAUAAACGACGGACAUUUUUUGUACGAUUUCAUUAACGAGGUAACUUUAAUUAAAAUUGCGUGGUUAAAAGAACUUAAUUUGUGGUGAUUGAUAGAUAAUUGCUAAAUUCCACUGCUAAUAUGGCCAGAGAUCUCAUUGUAUAUUUAGUUCUGGGUUGUAAUAACAUGAAUUUUUUGGAAAAUUAAAAUUUAUAAUAAGAUCACACAAAUCUGAUGAAAGCCUCGUGUGGAUGAAUGCUGUUUCGCAUAGGGCGAUGGGUACAAAAAUAUUGUUUGGUUUCAAAUUCAUAUGAAAACAUUAGAAAACUAUUGGCUCCGUUUUACUCUUGAAUAUAGUAGUUAAAUAUGUGCUUUGAACAUUUGAUGUUUGAAAUUCGGAUGACAUCGACGGAAAGCUUGGCAGUAUAGUUGCAAAUCAUUAUCGUGUUUUCCCGAAAAUAAGACCUAUCCUGACUUAAAAAUUACUUUAAUAUAGGCCCUCCCCUUAAAAUGAGACCUAAUCGAUAGCGCGAAUUUUUUUGGCCUAGUCGAUGGUAAGAAAUCUCUCCUACACGUUUUAAAUGAUUAAUAAUCUAAGUUCAGCACUUUUGUUUUUUACAUAGAAACGUGUUAUUUUAUUUAUGAGUAAAUGGAUAUCGGUUUUCAUAUUUUGUAUAUUUGAAAAUCUCGUAAUACCUUACUUUGUAAUUUCGUUUUUAAUAA